AUGGUCGAGACUCAGAUCAAGUGCGACAUCUGCAAUUGCACCUUUGCGCGCCAGGAACACUUGACGCGUCAUAGUCGCAGUCACACCCGUGAGAAGCCAUACCAGUGCCUUCAAUGCAGCAAGUCCUUCUCACGUCUGGACGUCCUCCAACGACACAUCUCAUCCCAUGAGCAGAGCGCCUCCGACCUGGCUGGCGUUUCCACCAGAGCCUGUCGUGAUAAUGAACAAGACGCUGAGAACUCAACCAUGGAUCUGAGUGUGCCUUCGACAUCUGACCAAGCUAUCUGGGCACCAACCAUCAACCUGGCGAGCAACACGGGCUUUCCACUGGGGCCAACUGGUGCGGCCUUUCGUUCAGUCGACAGUAACAACGUUGCGCUUGGCUCAGGUUUUCACGAACCCGUGCUAAGUAUGUCCGCGCUGAAUUGGCUAUCACCUCAGUAUCAAGAAGUGCCAGAGUGGGAUAGUCAGCUUAUCGCAACAUCCGGCAACGGCAUGGCAUUGGGCAACUUCGAGUUUGCCCUGGGUUUCUCUCAAACCGCUCUUUCUCCAGACACUCCACCGCAGGACUACUCAAGUCAAAUACAGAGACCUCUCGUCGAACACGGCUCUUGGAUCUUGCCUGAGCAACAGGACGGGGAACCCGUGGACAUGGAACAAUCCCGCUCAGUGUCUACUAAAAGCUCGACCUCUUCAAGAGCUUCGAGGGUGACCGAGGGAAGACUUUAUGUCGAUGGCGCGGCCGCGAGGGCCCCAUUCAGUGGCUGCUUGACCGAGACACAGUCAGCAGCGGGCGUGUCUCCUUCUGAUAGAAGUACAGGCGCCCCCAACCAUCCAGCCAGUCCUCUUUCUACGGGCUUCACGACUGGAACUAUGCUAUCAGCUGGGGAAGAUUUCAUUAUUGAAUCUGUCUACGAUGACUUGAUACUACAAGUGCAGUCAAUCCCUCACAUUAAAGCGCUCGGCCUUGCGCUGAGUACAAUGCCUCCGUUGCCGCACAUUCAGCGUUUCGUCAAGCUUUACUUUGAGAAAUUCCAUCCCUCCUACCCAUUUGUUCAGAAGAGCAGGUUUUCUACAAGUACCAGACGCCCGAUACUGCAGUCAGAUGACUGGGUUCUGCUUCUCGCCGUCUCAGCCGUCGGUGCCUGGUACUGCCCGGAGGCUCAGAGUCUUGGGUGGCGGGACGUAAUGUUCGAAAUGGUUAACGCACACAUGGUGUUCUGCAUUUCCUCACCCCCUCAAGAUGACCACGAGCUUUUCUGGCGGCCAUCAGGACAGACCUUUACCUGUGUUCGCUUUGGUCUACCAACUCUUCAAGCUAGCAUCCUCAAUCUCAUUUGGAUGGUCCAAAGUGGUAGGGAAAAUCUGGUACACCGGGCUAUGGCUGAUCGACAUCACAUCGUGGAGCAGUGCAAGGCUUUAAACCUUUUAUCCAUGCGAGAGUCCGGCUUCAAAGACACUUCUCCACCGGAACUUCAGGCAGAGCGAUGGUCAGACUUCCAAGCUAAGAUCCGCACAGGAAUGAUGACAUGGCUCCUGGACUGCAUUUUUGUCUUCGAAUUCAACUGCCAGCCCCUCAUACACCUUGCGGAUGUCUCCUCACCUUUGCCAUGCACUGAACAACUCUGGGAACCCCCGACUUUGGAGGAGAUCAACAGUAAGAACAAACCUGGUCCAAUGCCCGAAGCAAUCGAAAUCCUAUACAUGGAGAAGCGAUUACCGCCACACCUCGGCGAGUUCGGCUACCUGUUACUCAUCUACGCGAUACUCGCAAGGACGAGGGAGGCCAUGACUCAGUACCAGACUCGACUGUCGAACUGGGUACCCAAUGCCAGAAUCGAAUCCCGCUCAACUCUUCAGUCUGUUGCCGAAACAUGGCCACCAGCGCUGCCCAUCAUGUCGAAAUGGAGAAACAGCGCCUGCGACUGCCUCGAUAUACUGCAUUGGUACGCAAAUGGAACUGUGGCAAGGGCGGGUGGACUGGAACAUCCAACUAUUUUGCACCUCCAUCUCUCGCGGCUGCUGCUUCUGACCCCAAUCAAGCACAUGCAAUACGUGGCUGCGUUGUCUGAUGUAAGAAGCUCAGGUGGAAGCUUUGAUAAGAUCAAGUAUAAGGAGGCAUGUGGUCAUUUACGCAAAUGGGCUGUUGCCGAUCAGUUCAAGGCGAGGCUCUCACUCGUCCACGCCGGGGCCGUUCUAUGGUAUGUCCGUCGAUAUAGCGUCAACGACAUUCUAGAACCUUUCGCAGUUUAUGUGGCCACCCUGUGUCUCUGGGUGUACAGCGUGUCCACGGUGUCCGCAGUGCACCAACAAGACCAGCAAGAGCCCAGGGCUCGGUCAUCAAGUGGAGUCCCGGACUCAGGCGAAAGAGAGGACAGCAUGUCAACAGCCGGUGUCGAGUCGGAUGAGGAGCCGGAACUAUACUUUAUUUACCUCGAUCGGCCUUGUGACGACGAAAUGGUGCAGACGUAUGUAAGACUAGGGCACAAGAUGUCAGCAAACUUGCUUCGAGUAGGAAACAUCUGCAAUAUUGGAGCCCCUCGAAAGAUUCUACAGGAGGGAUCGCGGUUAUUGUCUGGCAAAGGCAGACGAAUGUCAAGGCUAGCACAAAGUCCAGCAAACCGAUGGGGUAUAAGCAACUCGUUCGGCGCGAUUCUGGAAUCUCUAAUUCAGGCCACACCAGUAGAAUGCGCCUCAUCGGGAGAGAGAAGGAGGGAUGUAGGACAUGAUUUGGAUGAGUCUAUAUAUGGAUGA